CAUCAUGAUUGAAGACAAUAAGGAGAACAAAGAGUAUUCCUUGGAAAGAGGAAGAACAACUCUCAUUUUUUCAUUAAAAAAUGAAGUUGGAGGACUUAUAAGAGCACUGAAAAUUUUCCAGGAGAAGCAUGUGAACCUGUUACAUAUUGAGUCCCGAAAAUCCAAGAGAAGAAAUUCAGAAUUUGAGAUUUUUGUUGAUUGUGAUAUCAACAGAGAACAAUUGAAUGACAUUUUUCACCUGCUGAAGUCUCAUACUAACGUUCUCUCUGUGAACCCACCAGCUAAUGUUACUGUGAAGGAAGACGGUAUGGAAACUGUCCCUUGGUUUCCAAAGAAGAUCUCUGAUCUGGACUUUUGUGCUACCAGAGUUCUGAUGUAUGGAUCUGAACUUGAUGCGGAUCAUCCUGGCUUCAAAGACAAUGUGUACCGUCAAAGACGAAAGUAUUUUGCAGAAUUGGCUAUGAACUAUAAACACGGAGACCCCAUCCCCAAGGUUGAAUUCACUGAAGAAGAGAUUAAUACCUGGGGAACUGUUUUCCGAGAGCUCAAUAAACUCUAUCCAACUCAUGCCUGCAGAGAGUACCUCAAAAACUUACCUUUGCUUUCUAAAUAUUGUGGUUAUCGGGAAGAUAAUAUUCCACAACUGGAAGAUGUUUCAAACUUUUUAAAAGAGCGCACAGGGUUUUCCAUCCGUCCUGUGGCUGGCUAUCUAUCACCAAGAGAUUUCCUAUCAGGUUUAGCCUUUCGAGUUUUUCACUGCACUCAGUAUGUGAGACACAGUUCAGAUCCCCUCUAUACCCCGGAGCCAGAUACCUGCCACGAACUCCUAGGUCAUGUCCCACUCUUGGCUGAACCUAGUUUCGCUCAGUUCUCCCAGGAAAUUGGUCUGGCAUCGCUUGGAGCUUCAGAGGAGGCUGUUCAAAAGCUGGCAACGUGCUACUUUUUCACCGUGGAGUUUGGCUUGUGUAAACAAGAUGGGCAGCUGAGAGUCUUCGGUGCUGGCUUGCUUUCUUCUAUCAGUGAACUCAAGCAUGCACUUUCUGGACAUGCCAAAGUAAAGCCCUUCGAUCCCAAGGUUACCUGCAAACAAGAAUGUCUUAUCACAACAUUUCAAGAUGUCUAUUUUGUAUCUGAAAGCUUCGAAGAUGCUAAGGAGAAAAUGAGAGAAUUCACCAAAACAAUUAAGCGUCCAUUUGGGGUGAAGUAUAAUCCAUAUACUCAGAGUAUUCAGAUCCUGAAAGAUGCUAAAAGCAUAACCAGUGUCAUGAAUGAGCUGCGGCAUGAUCUUGAUGUCGUCAGUGAUGCCCUCACUAAGGUCAGCAGGCAGCUGAGUAUGUGA